GCCCAGCACCCAAACAUAAUUGUUUCUUUUCGGCCAGAUUCUCUCCGUCGUCUUCUCUACUCCCGAUAGAUUUUGAAUCUCCCUUUAUUGCUUGCUCUUAUAUUUUUAUUUUUAUUUCUUUUGUGUGUGUUGGUUCUAUUCGUUUCUGUUUUUGUAUUGAUCUCAAAUCCUGCUCUACGUUUACUAUUCCAAUUCGAUUCUCCCCCACCCGAACCUAGAAGAAUAAGAAGAGGAGAAUCAUCGGAGGGUGUGUGUGUAUGGUAGAAUGAAUCAAGGAGGAGGAAACACUCAGACCGUGGCUCCACUUGACCCUAACUCCAUUGAGAAACGAUAUGGUGUUGAUGGAAGCCAAGUGCAGAUAUCUCCAUAUCAAUACUCAAUUGGGUCACAUACGGUGGUGGACAAUCAGGUUGUGCAGAAUGGGAACUAUUCAAAUUCAAACUAUUACCAUCAUCCACCACAGCCUCCUCUCACAGGGAAUGUGCAAGAAACACCAAAUACUAUCUCAUCGACCUCUGGAACUGCAAAUGUGGCUCAGGAUUAUAGUGGAUACACGCCGUACCAGACCUCUUCUGACACACCACAAAACUACUCAAACGCCGGAUAUUCCAAUUACUACAGUGGCUACCAACAGCAGCAGCAGCAGCAGAAUCAAAACACAGGUGCUCCUUAUCAGCCUAUUUCCUCAUUUCAGAAUCCAGGAUCUUAUCCUGCUGCGACUGCAAGUUAUUCUGGAACUUACUACAAUCCUGCUGAUUAUCAGACUAAUGGAGGUUACCAAACUACAAAUUAUAACAACCAAUCAGCUGGAGGUUAUCAAAGUACAACCUACAGCAAUCAGGCUCCGACACCAAACCAGGGAAACUAUUCAGCAAACCCUUAUCAGAACUAUACUCCUGACACUACUAACACUCAUAGCUCCACUGUUGCAAGUGCAACCACGACACCUGUACAUUAUCAACAGAGCUACCAACAGUGGCCAGCUUAUUACAGUCAAACAGAAGUCGUCCCUUGUGCCCCGGGCACGGAAAAGUUGUCUGCCACUAGUGCAGUUAGUCAGAGCUUUCCAGUUCCUGGUGUUACUAAUGAAACGCCUGCUUCAAAUGUGCAGCCUGCUCCGUCUUAUUCCCAACCUUGGAGGCAGGAAACCAACUUAUCCCAGCCAUCUUCUCAACAGCCUGCUGCAGCGGUGAGUGCCUCUAAUGAUGCUUACUGGAAGCAUCAAACACAAAACCAGCAAGCUCAUUAUCCUGUUCCUCCACAAAAUCAUUACCAGGGUCCUCUGGUGACGAAACCCUUAUAUGAGACCCCCUUUCAGGGUCAUCAGAGAGCUACAUAUCCUCAAGGAAUGAACUCACAGUCUUCCGUUCAUCAGGCACCGUUAGGCUAUCGCCAGCCUACUCAGACUACACCGUCAGUGGAUACUCAAAGGGUAAGCAAAAUACAGAUUCCAACUAAUCCUAGAAUCGCUUCAAAUUUGCCAUCAGGUUAUACCAAAAUGGAUAAAGGUAGUUCAGCAGCCGGUGCAACCCAGACACCUGCAUAUGUUAGUGUUUCAAUGCCAAAGCCAAAAGUCCAUGCCACUCCUGUGCCUGAGCCUGGAACCUUACCGAAAUCGCUUUGUGGGUUUGUCGAGAGGGCUUUUGCACGCUGCAAAGAUGACAAAGAAAAGGCAUCUUGCCAGGCUGCCCUGAAGAAGGUCAUCACCGAAGCUAGGGAUGAUGGCACUCUCCAUACUCGGGAUUGGGAUACUGAGCCUCUCUCAACUGUCCUUAACACAGAUGUGACUAACACUGAGUCGAGCUCCACUCUUAUAUCUUCGUUACAAAAUAAGAGCCCAACAAAACGACCCAAAAGUAGAUGGGAGCCGUUAGUGGAAAAACCGUUUGUCAAAUCAGCUUCAACUUUCAGCAGUGGUGUUAAGUUUGGAGGUUGGAAUCAGCAAAACCAAAAUAACAAAAAGAGCUUUGAGAGUUUUCAAAAGGCGGAUGCUGUCACUGACUCCAAGCCCACUUACUCUUGGCAAAACUCCAAGCCCGCUUACUCUUGGCAAAAUUCUGCAAAAAAGAGUUUCCAACGGCCUGUGAAGCGACAGCGUUUUUCUGGUGGUGCAGAUGAUGAGGCAUCUAGUGAUAGUGACAAGGAUUCGACACCCAGCGCCAUGUCAUUUGCUACUUCUGCUGAGGAAACCAAGCGGCGUGAUAGUCGUUCCAAGCGUUUUGAGAAAGUUCAAGGGCACAGCCGAAGGAAUGAUAUUCCUAAACCUAUGAAUGCGAAUGUUGGAAAUUUACAUUCUAGAAGAGGCACUGCAUUGAGAUUUGGGGAAGAUUUUGAUGAAAGUGGCUGCAGAUCUGUGGAAGACAUUGAUUGGAAUGCACUAACUGUUAAAGGAACUUGCCAGGAAAUUGAGAAACGUUAUUUCCGUCUUACUUCUGCACCGGAUCCUUCCGCAGUAAGACCAGAGGAUGUGCUGGAAAAAGCUCUGUUAAUGGUUCAGGAUUCUCAAAAAAACUAUCUUUAUAAGUGUGAUCAGCUAAAAUCUAUUCGCCAAGACCUCACAGUACAGCGGAUACACAAUCAUUUAACAGUGAAGGUCUAUGAAACACAUGCUAGAUUGGCUUUGGAAGCUGGGGAUUUACCUGAGUACAAUCAGUGCCUAUCACAGUUGAAAACCCUUUAUGCUGAUGGUAUAGAAGGAUGCUCUCUGGAAUUUGCUGCGUAUAGUCUGCUCUAUAUUACCUUACACUCUAACAACAACCGAGAACUGCUUUCAUCUAUGUCCAGAUUAUCCAAAGAAGCUAAGAAGGAUGAAGCAGUUCGACAUGCUCUCUCAGUUCGUGCAGCUGUUACAUCAGGGAAUUAUGUUAUGUUCUUCAGACUCUACAAGACUGCUCCAAACAUGAACAGCUUCCUCAUGGAUCUCUAUGUGGAGAAGAUGCGUUAUAAGGCAGUGACUGUCAUGUCUCGGAGUUGUCGUCCUACAAUCCCGGUUUCAUACUUAGCCCAAGUGCUGGGGUUUACUAAUACUUCAAGCGAAGGUAGUGGUGAAAAGGAGACCGACAGUAUGGAGGCGUGUUCUGAGUGGCUAAAAGCCCAUGGUGCUAGCCUCAUAGCCGACAGUAACGGAGAUAUGCUUCUUGAUACCAAGGUGUCAACAACAAACCUCUUCAUGCCAGAACCUGAAGAUGCUGUUGCUCAUGGAGAUAAAAAUCUAGACGUCAAUGAUUUUUUUACUCGCACAUCAUGAAAAGUAUUAAUGUUUUGUUCAUCACAAUGUUUGAUCUUUAAGGAGGACAAAGAAGAUAAUCAAGACUCUCUCUCGCAUCAUCAUCGGCUUAUACCACACAUAGUCUCAGACUCUCAGGUAUGACAGUUUAGGUUUAUAAUACUUCAUAGAUGUAGUAAACGUUCGAAAGAAGAGAAUCAAAUGUGUUUGUAAUUCGUUUUUGUGAAUGUAAAAAAAUCCUUAAUUCUUUAUAAAGACUUCGAAAAGGAAUAAAUGAAACAUAAUCUUUUAUAUA